AUGCCUGCAUCCGACUCGGCGCCUUCGCCGGAUCCUUCGACUGUAGUACCGCCAGCUCCAUCACCGACGAUUGAGCCCCCAAAACUCACAGGCGCCGAAUUAAAAAAGCAGAAACAGGCAGAGAAGGCUGCGAGAAGAGCGCAGACAGUGAUAGGAAAGGCGGUGAUGCCACCACCAGCGGCCGCAGCAGGACCCUCUUCAGCUGGGUUGAGACCAGAAGCAGCCAACGCGGCAAGAGGGCAACAGAGAAGAGCCAAUGCUGUAUCAUCCUCGAGCCAGCAGGACAUCCCUACACGAUCAAAAAAGUCUGGAUCACCAAUUGAGGAGCCCAAGGAGGAAGACAAGACUAUCGAGUUUUUUAGACAUUUGACAAAAACGAAAGCGUAUCCAGCAGGCUUAAAGGGCGCGAAUAAAGAUGUACAUCCAGCAGUCCAGGUUCUGGGUUUACAAAUGAGUAAUUACAUGAUAUGCGGAAGUUCUGCUAGAUUAGUUGCGACUUUGCAAGCUUUCAAAAAGGUUAUUCAAUCAUAUACUACUCCUCCUGGAAAUACAUUAACGCGGCAUUUUACGUCGCAUGUCCUCUCACCACAAAUCGAGUUUCUGGCGUCAUGUCGACCCCUUUCAAUAUCAAUGGGCAACGCGAUUCGGUGGCUGAAGUUGGAAAUUUCAAAAGUUGACAUUGACGUACCAGACAAUGAAGCAAAAGAAGGUUUAUGUUCGGCUAUUGAUUCAUUUAUACAAGAGAGAGUCACCCUAGCAAGCCAAGUUAUUGCUUCAAGCGCAGCAGAAAAAAUUCGAGAUGGAGAUGUUAUACUUACAUACGCAAAAAGUAGCGUAGUGGAACGAGCUCUCGUGCAAGCUUUCGAGGCGGGAAAGAAGUUCUCUGUCAUUGUCAUUGACAGUCGUCCUUUAUAUGAGGGCAAACACAUGGCGGCAGCAUUGGCAAAUCUGGGAAUGGAAGUCAGAUACGCUCUCAUCAGCGGAUUAAGUCAUAGUAUUCGAAGAGCGACAAAGGUCUUCCUGGGCGCACAUGCGAUGAUGAGUAACGGCCGGCUAUUCUCACGAGUCGGAACGGCGCUCGUAGGUAUGGAAGCCAACUCAUACGACAAGCCAGUUUUAGUACUCUGCGAAACGAUCAAAUUCACGGAAAAGGUGGCCCUCGAUUCAAUAUUACACAACGAAAUUGCACCAGCUGAUGAGCUGGUCAUUCCCGACGGGCCGUUGGAAAAUUGGCGAGAUGUUAAGGGUCUGCAGUUGUGUAAUCUUAUGUAUGAUGUUACGCCGGCGGAAUUUCUACAGAUGAUUAUAAGUGAGUCUGGGAAUGUGCCGCCAACUUCGGUGCCGGUGUUGCAUCGAUUGGGAAAUGAAAGUCAGGCUUGA